CGCCCCUGCCGCCGGGAGGGAGCCGCCAGCAGCGCCGCCGCCGCGCCUCGCCUCGCCUGGCCGGAGGAGGACGAGGAAGCAGGGCAGGCGGGCGAGGGAGACGGAGCGCAGCCGAGCAGGCAACCAAAGAAGGAGAAGGAAAACCUCGUUUUAUCUCCCAAGGAUCCGGACUGGGGCACCAGACGGGGACUCUGCAAAUAUGCUAAGCCAUCUCGUGACCUUCACCAAGGAAUUCUAGCCCGGUUGAACCCGGAGGCGAGAGAGAGAGAGAGAGAGAGAGAGAGAGAGUGAUCCAUAUGUUUGGGAAAAGAUAGUGAUUGCGUUGAGACCGGCUGACCAUGAGUAUGUUGAAGCCCAGUGGGCUGAAAGCCCCCAGCAAGAUCAGCAAACCGGGAAGCGUGCUGGCCAAAACAGCCACACCUGCGCCAACAGCCUCUCCGGAAAAGACCCCGGCUGCGGAGAAGCCUCCCGCCACAGAAGCUCCGGAUGACUUUGUGGACGACUUCCGAAUCGGGGAGCGUAUUUGGGUCAACGGGAAUAAACCCGGCUUCAUCCAGUUCUUGGGGGAAACCCAGUUUGCUCCGGGCCAGUGGGCAGGGAUCGUGUUGGACGAGGCCAUUGGCAAGAACGACGGCUCCGUAGCCGGAGUGAGAUACUUCCAGUGUGAGCCCUUGAGGGGCAUCUUCACCAGACCUUCUAAGCUCGCCCGGAAGGCCGUUUCCGAGGAUGAAGCCAACGGGACCCAGGCGUCUCACGCCUCUCGGGCCACGUCACCCACCUCCACCUCGGCGGCCAGCCUCGUGUCUUCUCCUUCGGCAGCAGCCCACCUGCCGCCCACCGGCAUACCUCAGAAGAUGUCUCCUCUGGCCACCAAGGAGACGCCCGCUUCUCCCGCGACCAACCUCUCCAAAACCACUAGCGAAUCUAUUUCCAACCUUUCGGAAGCUGGCUCCUUGAAGAAAGGCGAAAGAGAACUCAAAAUGGGAGACAGAGUCCUGGUUGGGGGAACGAAAGCCGGCGUGGUGCGUUUUUUGGGGGAGACGGAUUUCGCCAAGGGGGAGUGGUGUGGCGUUGAAUUGGACGAACCCCUGGGCAAGAACGAUGGCGCCGUUGCUGGAACAAGGUACUUCCAAUGCCAGUCCAAAUACGGCCUCUUUGCUCCGGUACACAAAGUGACCAAGAUCGGCUUCCCGUCCACCACGCCGGCCAAAGCCAAGCCCGCCGUCCGGAAAGUCCUUCCCACGCCCACCAGCCUGAAACGCAGCCCCAGCGCCUCGUCCCUCAGCUCUCUGAGCUCGGUGGCCUCUUCCGUAAGCGGCAAGCCCAGCCGUGCGGGACUAUUGACAGAGACGUCCUCUCGGUACGCCCGGAAGAUCUCGGGCACUACCGCCUUGCAAGAGGCAUUGAAGGAGAAGCAGCAGCACAUCGAACAGCUCCUGGCGGAACGAGAUAUGGAGAGGGCGGAAGUGGCCAAGGCCACCAGCCACGUUGGGGAGGUAGAGCAGGAGCUCGCCUUGGCACGGGAUGGGCACGAUCAGCGAAUACUGGAAAUGGAGGCCAAGAUGGAUCAGCUGCGGGUCUUGGUGGAAGCAGCUGAUAGAGAAAAAGUGGAAUUGCUGAACCAGUUGGAGGAGGAGAAGAGGAAGGUUGAGGAUCUCCAGUUCCGGGUGGAAGAAGAAUCUAUUACUAAAGGCGAUUUGGAGCCAAAGAGAGACAUUUCUGAAGAACCUGAAAAAAAUACGCAGACCAAACUGGAACAUGCCCGCCUUAAGGAACUUGAACAGUCUCUUCUCUUUGAAAAGACCAAAGCUGGCAAACUCCAGAGGGAGUUAGAAGACACUAGGGUCGCCACCGUGUCUGAGAAAUCUCGAAUCAUGGAACUGGAACGAGAUCUGGUAUUGCGGGAGAAGGAAGUCGCUGAUCUGCAGUCAAGAUUGGAGUCCAGUAAAGUGACCAGCAACGUGGACACGUCCCUCUCGCUGCUUCAGGAAAUCAGCACCCUGCAAGAGAAGAUGGCCUCGGUGAACAAGGAACACGAGGUGGAGAAGAAGUCCUUGCGGGACAAACUUGGGGUCACCGAGGAGUCCUUCCAGAAGGAAAUCAAAACCCUGUUGUCCUCCAACGAAAAGAUGGCGAAGGAGAACAAUUCCUUGAAAGCCAAACUGGACACAGCCCGCAAAGAGCACUUGGAGGCGAGCGAAUUGUGGAAAUCCAAGUUGGAAUCUGCCGUUGCUUCUCACCAGCAAGCGAUGGAGGACCUGAAGACCUCUUUCAGCCAAGGAGCCGGGGUUCAGGCGGAGGAGUUUGCGGAGCUGAAAGUGGAGGUGGAGAAGUUGAGGGAGCACCACCAGAACGAAGCGUCCAGCUGGAAGAUGAAACAGGAGGCCGAGCGGUCGGUGAUCGAAGCCCUGAAGACGAAGCUUCUGGAGGCCACCGAGGAGAAGGAGAGGAGCUUGGAAGCCCUGAAGACCCAGCUGGAAAGCGCCGAAGACCAGCACCUGGUGGAAAUGGAGGACACGCUCACCAAGUUGCACGAAUCCGAAACAAAGGUAAAGGAGUUAGAAGGCCUCCAGGAGAAGUGCGUGGAGCAAAGCCAGGCCGUGGAUAGCUUGAAAGCCAAAAUCAGAGCUGCUGAAGCAAAGCUCGUGAGCCUGGAGGGUCUUCAGAAGGCCCUUUCGGAAGGUAAAUUGGAGUUGGAGAAACUCGGCGAGGAACACGAGGCCGCCCUAAGAAAGAUACAGAGUUUAGAAAAUGACAGAAAUAAUGAAAGUAGCCAGGCUGCUAGUCUAGUCAAAGAACUGCAAGCGAGGGAGAAAAAGCUGCUCGGCCUUGAGCAUCACUUGGGCACAGUCAACCAACUUAAAGAUUCUUUGGAGAAAGAGCUGGAGAACCUGAAAGAAAAAUUCAUGAAGAGUGCUGACGAGGCCAAAAUUGUACAGAAAUCUAUGCAAGAAAGUCUUGAAAAACUAAACCAAAAAGAGCUUCAGUUUACACAGCUGUCAAGCGAACUCGAUCAGCUGCGAUCUCAUUUAGCGGCCAUGGAGAAGGCGCUGAAAGAGCGAGAAAUCCGAGAGCAGCAGCUGGUGGAGGCCAAAGUGAAACUUGAAAACGAGGUGGCGGAAAUCAUGAAGUCCUCCGGCGACAGCUCUUCCCAGCUGACCAAGAUGAAUGAUGCCCUACGACUCAAAGAGAAGCAGGUGGAAGAACUUCAGGUCCAGCUCACCAAGGCCAAUACGGGGACGGCUCAGUUGCAGGAGAACUUGGAGCAGGCUGAAAGGAAGCAGGAAGAGACGCUUGCGCGACAUCUGGAGGAACAGCAGAAAAUGAAGAACAAAUUAGGCAGCCUGGAGAAGAAAUUAGCUGCUCACCAAGAGGAACAUAAACGCCUCCAAGCCGCCAGUGAGAAAGCGCAGUCGGAAAUGGGUGCCCGGCACGAAGAAGCCCUGAAGGAACUUCAGCAAGAGCUUCAGAAGAAGGAGCAGCUGCUGGCCAAGACUCAAAAGGCCAACGGCGAGUUAGAGAAACAGGCCAAGGAACUGAAGAAGGAAGCCGAACAUGCGAAGUCCUUAACCUCUAUGUUAGCAGCAGCCAGGAAAGAGAUUGAACUUAUGUCAGAUGAGAUGAGGGCCUUGAUAGCCGAGAAGGAAGUCUUGGCGCAGGAAGGGAAUGCUUUGAAGUUAGAAAAAGGUUCCUUGCUCUCCAAGCUGGUAGACUUGGAGUCCAAGAUCGGGCUGUUAAAGCAAGAUCAGGAGAAACUCUGGACCGUGAACGAGGAGCUGAACCUGGAGAACAAGAGGACGGUCAAGGAGAAGCAAGACGCCGAGAACAAAACCCAGCAGGAGAAGGAGAAGAACGACGAGCUCAUCUCCGAAAAGGGAAGCCUGCUCCUGGAGAUCGAGGCCGCCCAAGAAGACCUCCUCAAGAUCACCAGAGAGAACGACGCUCUACGGACGUCGAAGGCGGCUCUCCUCGGUGAGGUUGAGGAGCUCCAAGCUCGCAGCGAGGCCUUGGCCCAGGAGUGUCGGAAGCACGUCAACCAGCGGGAAGAACUGGAGGACUGUCAGAGGAAGCUGUCCGAGGAGAACGCCGCCCUCCUGAAAGAUAAGGACGACGUCAUCCAGAAGCUGAAGAGCUCUUACGAAGACAUGGCCAGGGACCAGAAGGAGCUCCUGCAGGAAGUAACCACCUUGGCGGCGGAGAGGGACUCGCUCUUGGGGAAAUUUCUGGACCUGGAAAACAAGCACGUCUCUUUGAAGAGGGAGCGGGAUAGUCUUCUGCAGACCAGCCAGGAUCUGCAGUCGGACAAGGAGGCCCUCUUGAAAGCGGAGGAGGAGAGGCGCCAGAACUUAGAGCAGGCUCUAGAGGAGAGACGGGAGCUUCAGCUGAAAAGCGAAGGCCUUCACUCCCGACUGGAAUUAUCCGAUAAAGAGCUUAGAAGGGUCACCAAAGAGAAGAACCAACUGGAGGCCUCUCACGCUAGCCUCUCCAAAUUUCUGGAAGAGAUUAAGGCCAGCAGGGCUUCGACCGACACCGAGUUGAUCCAGCUCCUUCAAGAGAAGGAAACCUUGGUUUGCUCCGAGAGGAGGCUGGCGGCUGAACGGGAGGAGCUUUGGAAUGAAAACAAGAACCUUUCGGAGAAGCUGGCCCAGACCUCCGAAGAAGCCGCCCACGUGGAGAAGACCUUGAACGACAAGCUGAGCCAGCUGAGCGCCGAGAAGGAGGUGGCCUCCCAGAAGUCUCUGAAGUUCAAGAAGCAGAACGAGGGCCUGGUCAAGGAGAAGGCCUCCUUGGAAGCCAAAUGCGCCGAGCUCUUGGCGGAGAAGCAGUCCGCCACCAAAGCCGUGUGCGAAUUGAAGAAGAAGCACGAGCUGGACAUUUCCUCCAAGAGGAUGUUGGUCCAAGAGAAGGCCAAACUGCAGGGCAGCGCCGAAACCCUGAAGCGAGAGCUCGACCAGAAGAUAACAGAGAACCAGGAUCUGGUCCGAUACAAAGCGGAGCUCUCCAAAAUCUUAAAAGAGACCCAAAGCGCUAAAACCGUCUUGGAAAAUGAAUACUCCGCCUUGCUUCACGCCAAGCAGCUCCUCUCCGCUUCCUUUAAAAGCAGCUCGUCGGAGAAGGAGGUCCUGAACAGAGAGAAGGUCCAGCUGCAAGAGGAAUGCCAGAAGUUGAGCAAAGAGCUGAAGACCAUCUACAACAACCUGACUAUCGAGCGGGAAGGCCGUACGUUGGAGAAGGAGUCGUUCCUGGUGGAGAACACCCAGCUCCACAACGCCGUGAGUCGCUUGGAGGCAGAGAAGGAACAGCUGAGCCAGAAGAACCAGGAGCUGUUGGCAGAACGGGACCAACUGAAAGAGGAGAAGUUGAAGAGCGAGUCCCGUUUGGAGGAGAUUAUGAAGGAGAAAGAGGUCCUCAGUGCCGAGACGGACCAGCUGGCCUCCAACAUCGAGAAGCUGAAGAAGGACUUUGCGGCUCUGACCAAGUCGAAAGCCGAGCUGCAGGAGCUUCACAGUAGUGUCUCCAAGAUCUUGGAAGAACUUCGCUCCAGCCACCAGACCAGCGAGCUGGAAAGAUCUAAGCUGCUCCAAGAGAACGAGAUGUUGCUUCUGGAGCAGAAGCAUCUCCUCGCCAUCAAGGAAGAGAUCCUGAAGGAGAAGGAGACGUUCUCCAAGGACUACUACAAGCUCCACGAGGAGAUCACCCUUCUCGCCCAGGCCAACAGCGAGAUGUCCGGCAAUCUUCUGGCGGCUCAGAACAAGACCCAGGCCCUGCAGAAGGAGAGGGACGAGCUGGUCUUCAAACUGGAAGACAUCGAAGGACUACAGGCCCAAGCCGUCAUGCAAAGAUUUGAGACUGCAAAAACAGCAGAAGACGCUUUGCAGAUAGUGGAGCAAGUGAGCAAAGAGAAGGAGACUCUUCAUAGAGAGAAGACAGAAAUCUCGGCCUCCUUAGAAGAAGCCAAGCAGCUGAACCAAAAGCUGAAAAAAGAGCUGGACGCUCUUAAAGAGAGCCACCGAAAGAACCGAGAGGCGCUCACCAAAUCUCAGGAACGCCUGAACAACGAGAGCCAAAACCUGGAUGAACUCCGGAAAGAAUUAGAAAUCCUCAAACUGGCGGAAGAGGAGAAAUCCCAACAGCUCGCCGUAUUCCAGGAGGAGAACCUCAAACUUGCGAAAGAGUUGGGGAAAGGGGAUCUCGCCAGUCACCAGAAGCUGGAAGAAGAGAGAUCUGUCCUCAAUAACCAGCUGCUGGAGAUGAAAAAGAGGGAAGCCACGUUAAUCAAAGAGAACGAUGAAGAGAGAGCUUCCCUACAGAAAUCCAUCAGUGUUACGAGUGCCUUGAUUACGGAGAGAGACGAAGAGCUGGAAAAACUCCGGAAUGAGGUCUCGGUGCUCCGUGGAGAAAACGCCACAGCCAGGAAUUUGCACUCGGUCGUUCAGUCCCUGGAGUCCGAUAAGGUGAAACUGGAGAUCAAAGUAAAGAAUCUGGAGCAGAAGCUCAAAGAGAGCCAAAAAAGCUCUUCAGAUGUUUCAUCUAGUGGCGACUUUCAAAAGGAAGAAGCUCAAGAGAGCCAGCAAAUGAUUGACUUCCUCAAUUCGGUCAUUGUGGACCUUCAAGAGAAAAACGCCGAACUGAAAUCGAAACUGAACAAGAUGUCUGAGGCCGCUCUCAACGGAGACGAGGAAGAAGUUAUUAACUACGACAGCGAGGAAGACAACCAAGUCAAGAGAAAGCCUCGUCUCUUCUGCGACAUUUGCGAUUGUUUCGACCUCCACGACACCGAAGAUUGUCCCACGCAAGCCCAGGCGCCCGAGGAACCCCCCCACUCCACGUACCACGGCAGUCGGAAAGAGGAACGCCCGUACUGCACCAUUUGCGAGAUGUUUGGCCACUGGACCGCCAAUUGCAACGACGACGAGACCUUCUGACACACAGGGCAGGAGCGGAGAGAACGGACGUUGCUUCGGGCGCUAGUUGGACCUUGUCCUCCAACCACCAGUCUCCUAGGGUGGGGCCAGGAGGAGAGAGAAGGGACCGGCACUCUUUCCUCCCAGAAUUCCUUGCAGCCGCCGCCCAGCUUAGAAAGACACAGUGGGAGAUCUGGUCUUCCACAAGCAAGAUAGUUUAUUCUGCCCUUCUUGAGA